AUGGCCGCCCCUAUCCGCGUCGCCAUCAUCGGCCUCUCCGCCUCCGCCAUCACCUCCUGGGCCAGCACCGCGCACCUGCCCUACCUGCUCUCCCCGCGCGGCCGCACGCGCUACACCAUCGUCGCGCUCUGCAACUCGAGCGUCGAUGCCGCCCGCGCCGCCAUCCGCGCCUUCGACCUGCCCCCCGAGCCCGCCACCCGCGCGUACGGCGACCCGGAGAGCCUCGCCGCCGACCCGGACGUGGACCUCGUCGUGUGCUGCACGCGCGUCGACGUGCACUACCGCACGAUCCUGCCGAGCGUGAGGGCCGGCAAGCACGUCUUUGUGGAGUGGCCGCUCGCGCAGGAUGAGGAGCGCGCGAGGGAGUUGGUGCAGGCGGCGAGGGAGGGAAGGGGGAGGACCCUCGUGGGCAUGCAGGGACGGGUCGCGCCGCCGGUGGUGAAACUCCAGCAACUUAUUGGUGAGGGCCGCAUUGGAAAGGUGUUGAGCUCCGAGGUCAGGGCGUUUGGCGGCUCGCAUGACCGUGAGAGGCUGGCGGUGGGAUUAAAGUGCUUUACGGAACUCGACAUCGGGGGCAACAUUGUCACGAUUGGCUUCGGCCACUUAUUCGAUCAGAUCCAGCACGUGCUCGGCGACAUUCAAGGUCUCCAAAGCCGCCUCCAGCUCCAGCGCCCAGGCGUCGUGCUCAUCGACCCAUCCACCACCAAGGCCGUCGAGACGACGCGCUCCGACGUCCCCGACCUGGUAAUCGCGACCGGAACGCUCCCGGCCACGGCCACGACGCAGCAAGGCGCCAGCAUCGUUAUUUCCUACCGUCGCGGACAGCCAUUCCCCAAUUCACCGGGCCUGGUCUGGACUAUCAACGGCGAAAAGGGCGAGGUGCGGCUCACGGCCAUGGGUGGGCCGACACUGCAGUCGUCGGCUUACACCAAGCCCGUGACGAUUGAGGUGCACGACUUUGCAAGCGACAGCGUUGAGAGCGUGCCGUGGGAGUGGGACGCGUGGCAGGAGGAGCUGCCAAUUCCUGGUCGCAACAUUGCGCGCCUUUACGAGAAUUUUGCAGAAGGCAAGGACAACGCGACGACGCCGUCUGCCGAGGACGCCUUGAAGAGACAUGUGCAGCUGGGUGAGAUUCUGGAGGCAUGGACGCCACCGCAUUGA